AUGUACAAAGGAUGCGAUCUCAUCGACCUGAAUCCCGGCGUCUGUUUAUGGUCGCAGAAGCUGCAUGACUUCCUCCAACCGCGGACGCAUGUGCUCUUUGAACCCACCCCUUCCAUGUGGAGCGACUAUCAACGACCUUUGCUGGACAAGCCAGGCUCGACAUACAGGCUCUUUCAGAGCGAUAUCAAGGACAAGGACGCGUUUGAUGGAUUGUUUAGGAGUGACAUUCUUCCCCGUCAAAACCCCGUUGAGCCGCAGAGCUUGGAGGCUCGGCAACCGAACAACAACUUGCUGGUCACCGGUUCGCUUAUGUGGGACCCCAAAGCCAAAGGCAUGGCAUAUGAUUCCCUGGGCAAGCAGCUGCUGGUGCACUUGACCGAAAGUGCUUUGACCAACGAGCGCUACCACAAAUACGGACCGGUACGCUCGCUCUUGUGGAUGACCGAGGAAGAUUUCAAGGGCGCUGUACCUCGAUCCCACUACAUGUACGGCAAAUACUCGUUCUUCGUGAAUUACCUAGCCAAAACCGUCCAGGUGGUAACGCCUAGACAUGCACCGAAGGGCCCUGCCUAUUCUACGAUUGGUCGUCUACCACAAUAUGAGAUCCAGAGCGUGAUUCGCGCGAUGCAGCGUGGUCAGGACAACGGGAUGGAACUUCCCAAGCAUCGUCGAGAUUGUGUUCACGAAAUGGCCGACGAGAUAGCGCAGUGCAACAUAGAGCGGGGAAAGGCUGCCGAUGCUCGGCUGUCUACGGUCGAGAUGUUCCAGUAUCUGGAAAAGCGGGUGCGCGAUGGGAAGUCAACAGUUGGAAUCGAUUACGAACAGGACAUCAGGACUAUUAAGGCCCUGAUGAAUUUAGAAAACAAUCCUCAUCUUCGCAUGUGCGAAAACGAGAAAGGCCAACUAAGAGCAAGCGCAGAGGGUCGAAGAGUCACCCAACGCAAGGCUACGCUAAAAUCAAACCGGAAGCAGAGAAUCCAGGCUGGAGAAGUCGCAGAUCGCUUGGAAGAGAUUUUUGAUUGGGAAUGCAGAAUUCUCGCUAUGAAGGACGGUCCGGAUAAAGAGCAUGCGCUCCAGGUGCUGGAAACCAUGAACGAGAAUAUGGAAGCCGCCCUGAUCGACCUCUCGUCGAUAAGACGCACUGGUGCAAUAUCAGAAGCAAACGAGCGCAUUAGCCUCAAGUCACCUGUUCCCCGCCUCCAAUGGGACCAUCGACCAUACGAACCCCUUGUCAUGCACGAGGAUGAGGUCUGGCCCAUGAAGCGCGCUUGCCUGAUUGAUAGCGAACCUCGCCCUUUCCCACCCGGGCGUGGUGCCAAUUGGUGGAGUUGGAUCCUAGACUUUGCAUACGCUCUGCUCCAAACGCCGAACGCCUCUGUGAAGAAAGCGCUCGAUACGAUGCAGCCCGGGGCAUCUUCACUGUGUGACGAAGUAUCGAGUCUGAGGGACCCGAAACGAGGCGGGCGACUAGACCUGGACCAUCUAAAGGUCAGUAUGUUGACGAACGAGAUGAUUACGGAUUUGCACCAAGCGUACAUGGACUGGCCGUUCAGGGACGGUUCGGCGACGCACUCGAGGUAUUUUCAGCUGAAGAUCCGGGGCAGGACAAAUAGGGAUUCGUAA